UACUCUGUUGCCUGCGCAUACGCAUUGUGCGCUAUCGUUCCUCGUUAUGUCAGUGUGACACAUGGCGUUGGACAGAACGCAUGUGCGCCUACCCACCACUUUGGCGCGAAUAUUAUUAAAUGGUAAAAAAGUGCCCGAUGUAUAAUCAAAUUCUGUGAUGACAGAGACCAUUCGGUAUAUCACAAGGAUUGUGUUUUUAACCAUACUUUAUUAUGCAGUGAUAAGUGUUUAUAAAGAAAUAAAAAGAUAUUUGAGUGUGUUCGAAUACUUGGAACAAUCGCACUGAUCGGAUUGCAGUUUUGAAAACAAUACGAUUUCAAAAUGGAUGAGAAUAUAAUAAACGAGACCUUAUACGGCAGCCAAAGUGAACUUUCAAAAUUCUCACCGGGCCUGCUCACGUUUGCGGCAAUAAUGACGGGUCUCAUCAUGCUAGUGGGGCUCUUCGGCAACCUACUCACCGUGGUGGCCCUGCUUAAGUGCCCUAAAGUGCGCAACGUGGCCGCAGCGUUCAUUAUCAGUCUCUGCUGCGCCGACUUCCUAUUCUGCGCCAUGGUGCUUCCCUUCGCGAUCUCCGGCUUCUGGCAGCAGAAAUGGUCCCACGGCGACGUGCUUUGCAAGCUGGUGCCGUUCCUAAGAUACGGGAACGUCGGAGUUUCGCUGCUGAGCAUCGCUCUCAUCACGCUGAACCGAUACAUAAUGAUCGCUCACCACAGCUGCUACGCGCGCGUGUACCGCAAGUACAACAUCGCGCUUAUGAUCGUCUUCUCGUGGUUGUUCGCGUACGGCAUGCAGAUACCGACGCUGAUUGGGAUAUGGGGUAAAUUUGACUACGAUAAGGAACUCGGAACGUGUUCAAUAGUACCUGAUGAUAACGGCCGCUCCUCGAAGACCGCUCUCUUCGUCAUCGCUUUCUUGGUGCCGGCUCUGCUGAUUUUGAUGUGCUAUGCGAGGAUCUUCUGGGUCGUGCAUAGCUCUGAACAACGCAUGCGGGAACACCAACGCUCGCAAAACGCCAGCCCAGGCUCACUUAACACAGACAAGCGUUCAACCGUUAAAGACAACAGAGAAACCAAGGCGCGUAGGAACGAGUGGCGAAUCACCAAGAUGGUGCUCGCUAUUUUCCUGUCGUUCCUGGUGUGUUACCUGCCCAUCACUAUCGCUAAGGUCGCUGACAACCAUGUACAAUAUCCCGUAUUCCACAUCGCCGGCUACCUCCUUCUGUACGCGAGCGCCUGCGUAAACCCGAUCAUCUACGUCAUAAUGAACGCGCAAUACCGCGCCGCGUACGCAGCGGCGCUGUGCUGCCCUCUCUCGAGGUUGUCGGGGCUCACCAGCGAAAUGGAACGAGCGUCACGGAUACAGCUACAGCAACACACGAACGGCGCUCAGCCAAGUGUCACUGGGGGAAUCCAGAGCGGACCCCAGGGCCUCCACGAUCCCCGCGGGCCCGCGCCGGUAGACCCCCGGCCGGCCCCAACCGGCUCGAGCACGCCGCUAUCCGGCUCGACCACGAAAAUCUCGAGCACGCCGAAAUCAAGCUUGAAAAUGAGCACACCAAGCUCGAACACGCCGAUAAUGAAACCAAGCUCUCUAAAAGUCGGGCCGGCGCGUGUGAGCCCUGUAGGACACAAGAUCAGGUUCCAGAUUGGCAGCUACGGACAGGGUGCUGAUAGGACGACCAAUAUAUAGCGCUCGUCGCUCGCUAAAAGAACUGACCAAAGAUAAUUCCAAAGAGUAUUUUAAUUAGAAAAGCACUGCUUUACGCCAAAUAUUUUGCCAAAAUAUUUUGAUUUUAAGAUUUGACGAUAAUAACAAACGUAACUAGACUAAGACGCACUGAGAUUCCAUCAGAAUGAAGUAUUCAUAGUUUUAACUUUUUUCACAUAUACAUUUUAUUUUUAUUUUUUAAUGCCUAUGUAUAUAAUUUUUAAACAAAGUCCGUCCUGCUAGCGAGCGACGAGUUGUUAUAAUGGUAAUAUAGUUUUAAUUAUUUGUAAAUAUUUAUAUUACAUUUGUAAAGUGAUAUUUAAAUGAAAUACAAAUGUAUCUCCGAUGAAUUUUACAUGUUGCAACUGUUUUAAAAAAACAGUUAUCAUGUUUUGUUAUACAUUCCUUUUAUCUGAAGUUUAGAUCUGUUUUCUAUUUAUUUUUAAGUGAAUACACAUUCCAAACAUGUUUUAAUUUUACAACCGAUACUAAAUAUAGAAGUGGCUGUUUAACAUACUAAAAAUGAAUUAUGCAACCUUCAAAGUUUCACCAGCAGUCGUGUCGUCGGCAAAUACGAGUGCGGGCAAUUUAUUCGAGAAGGGAAAACAGAAAGUUUUCACAAUUUGAUAUAUACUGAAACAAUGGAAACACACCGAACUUGUCAGUAGAAAAAGGCGGGAAACCACAGAUUAUAUAAUAGUUCGCGAAACUCAUAUUUUCUAUGGGACGUAAAGCCUUUGCGCUUAUUUUUUUAUAAUUUGCCGCCUUUGGCAACUAACAAAGUAGCUUUAAGUAUAAUCUACAAACUAGCGCCGCGCCGCACUAAUUUAGCCCCUGUAAUCUCUCGUAGGUAUUAGCAGUAUGUAAUUCUACAAAAUAUCAAGAUUUAUGAUAUGAAUGACGCUUGUAACAAUUAACUAAAUGCGUAGACUAGAAUAGACCAUAAAAGUAUGAGAUUUAGACACCUGUUAUAAACAUGUACCUACCUACAGUUAGCAUCAAAUAUACCUGCAAAAGUGGUCAAAUAGUUCGUUACGCGACGUUUACGGUAGUACUAUUAGUUAUUCUGUGGUUACACCAUAUACCUAUUUAGUACGGUGUGACGAAAUAUUUGGCCACUUGGCUGCUACAAUAUAUUUGACGCUGACCGUACCUACCUAUGCUAAGCCACGCUAAGCUAAUAGUUUUGCUGACUGUACCUACCAGAAACACCACAGGAACACGGAUUUAUGUCGGAAACCACUACUGUGUGUUUGCCUGCAACUUUUCCAUUCUAUCUACCCUCCAACGGAUUUCCUGGAAACCGCGCUCCAUUACGUUCCACUGUGUGUACCCGCCUUUAUUUUAUUACCUACGUAGUGUCUAUUGUCACUAAGAUUUAAAAAAAAGAACAAAAUACGCUGAUUGGGUUUUAAAUACUGAAAUAGAUCGUCAGUAGGAAAAGGUGAGAAAUUUAAAUUUUCUAUGGGAGAUCAACCCUUCGCGCCUUUUUUUUUAAUGAUAAUAGUCAGUAUUUUACUCGAUUAUUGAAAUAUAUCUAUCAUAAUAAUUGUAAGCAAAGGUAUAAUUAUGAUUUUUUAUACUGUGUAUAAACUAGAAAAGUGAAAAAUGUCUAUAUGGUGAAACUUGUGAAAAACAAUAAUAAAUUAGAAUCUAAAUGCCAUAUUAGUAUUUAAGAUCAGAUCAAUUAUGAAAUUGUAUUAAUAAAAUUGACAAUCAUAAUAAAAAGUUAGGUAGAUAUACUCAAAUAUUUGCAUUAUUUAUUACUUUAUAUUUACUUAGUUACUACUUAAGUUUCAAACAUGGACAAAUUUUGAUACAAAAUAAAUGAAAUUUGAAACGAUGA